UCAGUCAGUGCGUGUGCCGCCGGGCUGCUGAGUGUCUCCCUGCCCACAUGCGCACAGUGUGAGGGUGCAGACAAGGAGCAGGACCGGUUGUGGGAUUUAUUAUUCGGAGUGAGUGAACACCUGGAUUACGAAACAACCUCUUAUUUUUGAUCUUAUUUGUUGCUUUUUUUCUGACUUCUGGGCUUGAGAAACAACCUGCCAUCAUGUCUCGGGAUCCAGAGGAUGUGAGCAAGCUUACUGAAAGUACAUACAAGAUUAUGAUGGAUCAGUUCAACCCGGGCCUGAGGAACCUGGUCAACCUCGGGAAGAACUAUGAGAAAUCAGUCACAGCAAUGACUCUCGCUGGAAAGGCCUAUUUUGAUGCAGUCUCAAAGAUCGGAGUGAAUGCCACCGUGUCUCCAGUCUCCAGAGAGCUUGGUGUGGUUCUGAUGGAGAUAGCAGAGGUCCACAGGAACGUCCACAAUGAACUGGAAGAGAACUUAAAGAGGUUCCACAGAGAGGUUAUUAUCGAGCUGGAGAAGAAGACAGAGAUGGAUGUUAAAUACAUGAACGCCACCUUCAAGCGCUAUCAGUCAGAGCACAAGCUGAAGCAGGACUCCCUGGAGCGCUCGCUCACGGACCUGAAGAAGCUCAGGAGGAAAAGCCAGGGAAAGCAAUCAAACAAGUACGAGAUAAAAGAAAACGAGUAUAUGAAGACAAUCACAUCACGCCAGGUGGACAUGCAGAAGUUCAUGGCUGAGGGCUGCAGGGAGGCCUUACUGGAAGAAAAGAGACGCUUCUGUUUCCUGGCGGACAAACACUGCAUGUUCUCUUAUCAAAUUAGCAACUUCCAUGAGAAAGCCAAAGACAUGCUUGCCGUGAAGCUCCCCAGCUGGCAGGAAAAAUGCAGCGACAUCACCAUGGUGCCGGAUACGGUGAUGACUAUGAUAGAGGGGCUGUCCACCACUCCGGAGCAAUCCCCGCAGGUUGAACGCAACAACAGGAACAACAUGGAGUCACAGGUGCCUCCUCCAGCACCCCAGCUCAAGGCCCAGAUCAGUCCAUUAGCCAACAUGUUCAACCCAGAGCCCAGAUCUCCACUCACCUCCUCUUCAGACCACAGCUCAGAUCGGGGCAGUCUCGGAGAGGGCAGUCUGUCCCGGUCGACAUCUCAGUCAUCGGGUCUUAAUGUGGGCAGGAGGCCUCGAGUUAAGACCAUCUUUCCCCAUACGGCGGGCAACAACCACACACUCCUCAGCUUCGACGACGGCGACAUCAUCACCCUGCUCAUCCAGGAAGAGAAGGACGGCUGGCUCUAUGGAGAGCUGGAGCGGACACAGCAGCGGGGCUGGUUUCCCUCUUCUUACUGCAGGCCUCAUUCUGAGCCGGUGAUAUCAGAUAGCAGCAAUCUGGGCACACCGGUGCGUUGUCUGAGUGUGGCCAGUCUGCCAGAGCAGGAGGAGGAGGAGCCGGUGUUGCUGCCGCCACCAGACUACAGCGACAACACCCCCUCUAACCCAGUGAUCCCCUCAAUGCCCUCGCCACAGAGCAAGGUUUCUUUAGCACCCAAUGUCACUGCAAAGGCUCCUUUUCUAGGAGGAGGGAAUCCGUUUGCCACGGUCAAGCUGAGACCAACUGUCACGCAUGACAGAUCAGCGCCAGUCAUCUAACACAGAGGAGGAGGAUUUUCACCGCUGUUAUGCCUUCAGGGGAAUCAUACAACAUGGGCCCCCUGCGACACACCGAAUAUCACCCCAACCUGACAUGUCACCAGCCUGCAUGUUAGUCUCUCUCAGUACCAGUCUGCUCUAUUAAAUGGAUCCAUUGUUUCUUGGAACAGAAAGUUUUACCAUGCAAGUGUGUGUUUUACAUUAGCCACAACAGGGACAUGUUGCAUAAUCAAUACAUGGAAAAGCAGGAAUUCUGAAGACUUUUGUUGCACAAAGAGAUAUUUUAUGUUAAAAAACUGUCUCCCCAAAAUGAAAAUUUUAGACUUUGUCACUGAAAGUUGUAAUCAGAUCUAAAAAUAUGUUGCAUUGCUUGUGGCUGCUUUACAAUUAAAGCCAUCUUGUGCUUUGGCAGUUGAGGGCUUUUAAUGUGAAGCAGUCGCUUAAUAUCAUCACAUAGUCGAAACAAAACUUAAUAUAGCUUGUAUACAGUGUAAAGACAAUGAACAAUGAGGCUGAUAACAAUGAGAUAAAAUUGCACUGGCAUACACUGUUUCCUGUGAAUCCCCCGUGCAUAGGUAGGCAAUUGGAAUCUAGCAUGGGAGUGGCGGACUCCACCACUACCGAUGAAAAUCUUGAGGAUUAUAACUUCAGGAAAUAAUUAAAACUAGAAAAUACUUUUGUCUUCUUUUCGUCUUUCCAGUCCAAAAAAAGGGGAGGGGUGGCAUUUAAUGCUAGCUAUGUACUGUAGUUCCUUCAGCAUUGUAAUACAAGGCUGAGAUUAAGCUAUUGUGUGUCUAAUGGUCCUACAAAUACCAGUGGAGUUUCUACUGGUAUGCUAACAAGGUGAUUAAACUUGAAUCUUCAUUUUGGGGUGAACUGUCACUUUAAAAUAGUUUCUAUAAGAGGACAAUGGAUGCUCAGACAGUGUCUUGAGGUCUUUUCCGGUUUAUUUGUAGCAGUCAGUGCAGUGUUUAAAUACAGAAUGAUGAGAUGUAGAUGUAAAUAAUAGUGACCUGAUGCUGAUGGAAAAAGACGAGCACCCAGGCUGUCAUCCUGACUUGCUGAAAAAAUAUUGUUAUUUCUAUUUUUUUUAAUUAUUUGUCUUUCUUUUAAGAGAAAUUGUGAUAUUCUAAGGUUGUGAGAAUGAAGGGAGAGUGACGUGUUGGGAAAAAGGGUUUGUCAUUUGAGUGAAGGCAAAACAGUAUGUCACUGUUUAAAAUGAGAAGGCUAUUUAUAUACAGUAAGUUUGUAUGAGAUAUUUAAAUGAAAUAUGUAUACAGAAGUCCAUUCUGUGAAGGGGCCCCUUUGAAUACAAUAGCCACUGUGCUCAUGAUCCCACACUGAUUUUGAUUUGAAUGCUGGUAUGUAUUUUAAAUGGGCAAAAUUACCUUUUGAUGAAGGAAAUAUUUUUCACUCCUUGCGGUUCCACUGUUGUUUAAUGUAGAUUCUGUGUAACAUGCACAGUUAUGCAAAAUAAAAAUGUUCUUUACUGGUGGACAUUUGUAUUGUAUGAAUUAAAGUGGGUCAUUAUUUAAAAUUAACAGUAUGAACUGUUUCUUGAGGAAAAUGACUUGUGCCAUGUAUUUGCUUUACAGGAUGUAAAUGUAUGGUGAGGAAAUGAUUGAUGAAACAGUUUAUUGAUCCUCAUAGACCCACUGAUGUUAAGUGUGUAAGUGAACCCAUCAUACUGAUAUAGUUAUUGCCUCAUGCUUUCUUCAGAGUACCUUGCCACUGUGUUGACCAAUGUAGUCUUUUUUUCUCAAUAAAACAAGGUGAAGUCCA